CUGAAGACUGCGCAAGCGCACUUGCGUCUCAUCGUUACCAUAGCGACUGGGCCUCCCGACCGCAGAUCCUCGCUGCCUUGUCAACAUCUUUGAGCAUCGGCAGCUCCGGAGGCCGGGGUGGGAAACUAUGUGAAAGAAUCUUCUGAUGUCAUAAUUUCUGGGUGUCGCUGGAACAUUUGAUCAUCAUUCCUUUGGCAAUUCUAGCUUUCUAUGGAAGGUCAGUAGAAGCAAUUGAUUUAUUCACCUCUACAGGAAUCAGACUCGGCCUAUUUUGGUUUUCAGUGAAUUAUGCCUUUUCGGUUUGGGACCCAGCCAAGGAGGUUUCCAGUGGAAGGAGGAGAUUCUUCAAUUGGGCUAGAAUCGGGGCUGAGCUCAAGUGCUGCCUGUAAUGGAAAAGAGAUGUCACCAAAUAGGCAACUCCGAAGAUGCCCCGGAAGUCAUUGCCUGACGAUAACUGAUGUUCCCAUCACUGUCUAUGCAACAAUGCGAAAGCCACCUGCACAAAGCAGCAAGGAAAUGCAUCCUAAAUAGCAUCAUUAAGUCCAUUGUCGAGGGUUGACUAGGUCAAGGGUAAUGGGGCAAGAUCAUCUUAUGAUCUGGUAAACAAAUAAAAGUGGUGGCACCGUUGGAUGAUGACAAUAGUUGAACUAUUUUAUUUUAGUAAAAAGGAGAAAUGUAACCAGUAAAAAGUACAUAAUGAUAAAUUAUCAGUUAUGUCAAAUAGACAAGGCAGAAUAAUAUUUCAUAAUGAGAAAGUACCUUAGAGAUCAUCUUGCUUACAGUGGAUCAUUAAUAAUAAUUCAAGAUGAAACAAUCCACCAUGGUUAUCAAUCAGAUGGGGCCUCUUUUAUUUGAUUCUUUAAAUUAUUUCAAUCUCUAUUAAGUUCCUCUGAUAAAUUUCUGAGCUGCUUUUCUAUUUCUUGAAAUCACUGAGCUUCUGUAAAACAGCUAUUUUGAAUUUUCUGUCAGACAGUAAAUUCCAUCUCCAAUCUUUAAGACCAGUCACUAGCACCUUAUUUUGUUCAUUUGAUGCCACCAUGUUUCCCUGGUUGAUCCUGACUCUUGUGGUCAUGAGUUGGUAUCUGCAAAUUGAUAAAGGUACCUAAAUCAGUCUUUACAGUUUGGUGUAUUUGGGAGUUUCCUAUAGGAAGGAAUAAGCUUGUCUAGAGAUUCAAGGAAGAUUGAUUGGUUAGGUCACUAAGCCUAUGGAAACUUCAGUCAUUGCAGUCUUAGGCAUACCCUAAGCUCAGGACCACUGCCUACAGAAUCCUGGACUGCCAGGCUGAUGUAGUGCUUGGUCAAACUCAAAGCCUAUGGCUGCUAGACCAGCACAGUGUUAGGCAGAUGGCCAGCUCACUGCUGAGGUUUAUUCAGGGCCCAAGCCUGCUAUAGUUUGCUGGUGGUGACAUAGGCUAGAACUUGAGCUCAUCCUACUGGAGCCAUGGUUUCCUAUCUUGAGUUGAAGUGGGUCUAGGGCUUCUGUCUCUGGGUAUUGGACUGCUGUUGGGUCAAGGGGUUCUGCUUGGUGCUAGGUUUUACUGUGGUGACCUAGCACUGGAUUCCAAGGCAAACUCCUAAGCUUGCUUCCCUCUCCUUCCUCCAAGUGGAUAGGGACUUUCUCUACACUGCUGUCAGCAGUUAGGAGGGUAACAUGAAAACUCUCCUUCCUAUUCUCUUCAGUGCGUCUUUUGUUUUUUAUUAUUGUAUAAAAAUCAGGAUCUCUCACCUGGUUUCCUUAACUUCUGUGAAGUUUUUUGU